AUGAAUAUAUUAUACAAAAAAUUAUUUGCUAAUAUAACGAGUAAAAGAUUUCUUCUAUUUAAUAAUGUAAUUUUAAAAAAAAGAAAAGGCUAUCUAUCACACAAAAGGAAUUUAUUUUUUUUUAAAAAUGAUAAGAAUGAUAUCAUAAAAAAUGAAAUUGAAGAAAUUUUAAAAAGAAACGGAAAUGAUAUCUCUACCUUAUACGAAAAAAAUAAAAAUGAUAAAUAUAAUGAACAGAAAAAUAAGGAAGAAGAAAAAUUUAUAUAUAAAAAGGGAAAAUUUAAAAGAUUAUUCAUAUUUAUUGGUUUUCAAAGUAUACCUAUUAUUGCCUUAAUGUAUUUAUUUAAAUAUAUAGAAGAAGUAAAAUUAAACGAACUUAACUUUAAAUUUGAUUCUUCUGAAGAUAUAAUUAAUGAAGCCAUUAAAUUAAUUAAUGGAUCAUCCUUAUGUUUUUGCUUAUAUUUUGAUAAAAAUGUAAUAAAUACUGUUUAUAUCGAACCACUAAAUCCUGAAAAUGCAGAAAUUAAUUAUGAAUUGAAUAAUAAACAAAUAGCUAGCUCUUCAUUUUCAAAUUCAGGGUUUGAAAUAAAAAAAAAUGAAAAAAUUAUGAACGGGUCAGGUAGCCAAAUGAUAAAAAAAAAUAAUGAAGAAAUAAAAAAUAUGAACAGGUCAGGUCAAAUUAAUAAUAAUGAGUAUGAAAAAAAUAAAAACUUGUUAAACGAUAUAAAUAUAGAAGAACAAAAUAGUACAAAUAACAACAACAAUAAUGAUAAUAAUAAUAAUAAUAAUAAUAAUAUUGGUGAUACCAGUUCAAGUAAUAGUAUAAAGAAUUUAUUAUACUCUUUAAAUAAACCCUUAAUGCAAGAAAUUAUGUGUAGUAAAGGUUCAAUGGAAGUACCAUUAAAUUAUAUGUAUUUUUGUAUUAGCAAAAAUACGGAUAUAUAUGAUUAUAUAAAAAAUAAAAAUAAAGACAUUAGCUUAUUAUAUUCUGAUGAGAAAAAAAAUGUAUAUGCUACAUUAACAGGGAAUGCUUCUAUAAUAGAAAAUGAAGAUAUAAAAAAUAUUAUAUGGACAGAUAAAUGGAGAUAUUUGAUAUCUGGUGAUUAUAAGGAUAAUUAUAUAUUAAUAAAGUUCACACCAUCUACUGUAUUACUUAAAACUAUAGGAUUAAAAAAUGAACACUGGAAGAGUAAUAUUGUUAGGAGAUCCAUAAUAGAUGAUAAAAUUUCAUGGGUCAAAAUUUGA